CCAGAAGGUAGAGUUGAAGGCUACGAGGGAAGGCAGACCCAGGAGACGAUUGCACAGACUGUAUCCUGCAGGCUCACACUGGAGAUAAAGAAGCUGCGCAGCAUAAAAGCUCUGGGGACUCAGACAUUGUUCGUGUUAACUGAACUCUCAAGGGAAAAGGCAGAGGAACCGGUACAGGAGGGGAAUGUUUCAGCGUGACUGAAAGCACAAGUGGCCAGCUAACAGUCUGCAGCACAUCUGCAAGCGAAAAGUGGAGUGAGGAGGCAGUGCGCGUUGCUGCUGCAGGAGACUUCGUGUAGUAUUCGGGAAGAGGGUGAAGACUAGAAUGGGUCACUUUUCCCGAGGGUAUCUUAUAUGCCUGUUAAUGUCACUAUGGAGGUAUCUGUGCCUCUGCAGUGGCUCAAUGGAAGGCAGCGCUUUCCAUUUGGACUCAGAAGGCAGCACUUCCAACCCCAGCGGCCAGGACUCGGGCAUGGUACAAGUGCAGCACGUUUUCAUCCCUGCCAAGCUCGUACCACUGGCACAGCGAUGUCAUUUGGGAUUUUAUUAUUCAGUUUCCGGAGAAUGUUUACCCUGUAAUUGCAAUGGAAACUCACAGAAGUGCUUGGAUGGAUCUGGAGAAUGUCUGGAUUGUCAAAGGAAUACAACAGGGGAACACUGUGAAAGAUGCCCACCAGGUUACCUAGGAAAUGUGGUCCGAGGAGUACCCAAAUCUUGUGUGCCAUGUCCUUGCCCUCUACCAUUUAGUCCUAACAAUUUUGCUCUUGCUUGCGGUGUCAAGAGUGGUUCUAUGCGCUGUAUCUGCAAGGACAAUUAUGCUGGGCCAAACUGUGAAAGGUGUGCCCCAGGCUAUUAUGGAAAUCCUCUUCUAAAGGGAAGUAUAUGUAAAAAAUGUGACUGCAGUGGGAACUCAGAUCCUAACCUGAUAUUUGAAGACUGCAAUGAGUUGACAGGACAAUGCAAUAAUUGUAUACACAACACUACUGGUUUUAACUGUGAACAAUGUGCACCGGGGUAUUAUGGCGAUGCUAGAGUGGCUAAAAACUGCAAAGAGUGCCGCUGUUCAAAAUGUGGUACAGAAACAUGCAAUGAUGUUACCGGGGCAUGUCAAUGCAAACCAGGAGUCACUGGUGUUUUCUGUGAUCGUUGUGAAACAGGUCACUAUGGUUAUAGCAGUUGCUUGGGCUGUCAGAAAUGUAUGUGUAGCCUGGCUUCUCUGGAUAACAACUGUGACCCCGAAACACGACAGUGUAAUUGUAAGCCUGGUGCAGGCGGUCUGAAAUGUGAGAGAUGCAAGCCAGGAUACUGGAAUUAUGGACCAUCUGGAUGUCAGAAAUGUGACUGUGGAGGUGGCCCAUGUAACAAUAAAACUGGGGAAUGUUUAUUAGAGGACCCAGAAUCUCCAGCAAAUUCCGACUGUUCAUUUGAUUGUGAUAAGUGUAUAUGGGACUUAAUUGAUGACCUCAGAAUAGCUUCAUCACUAGCAGAUGAAACAAAGACUACAGCGCUUAGUAUAUCAACUGGUGUUGCGGCUCAUAAACAUCUAAAUUACAUCAAUUCCACACUGAUCCAGCUUACGGAAAUGCUGGAGGAGAAGAACAAUCAAUCUGUAUUUACAGAUCUCAUGAUUGAAAAUGCAGAAAUUAAAGCAGAAGAUCUUCAGACCAAAGUAAAUAAGCUUGCAGACAAAGGAAAUCUAGCUGAGAUGAAAGGAUCUCGAUUUCACAAAGAAACCAUGGAAACCAUGAAACGGGCUAAGUUGACUGCAGGACAAGUAAAUGAUAUAGAAGAUGGCAUCCAAGAACUACUUGGCAAAUUAGAAUAUUAUGAAUCAUUGCAAGGAGACCUGAGCACCAGUGAUCGUGUUAAAAGUAAGAAACAAGCAGAGCAAAUGCUUGAGGAUAUGGAAGAACUGAACUUCAGUACACAAAGGAUUACCCUAGAAGAAGAAAAGGAAUAUGUUGAAGAGUUGCUGACUGAAAUCUUAGAUGAUUGGCAGCAAGUACAAAACAAUACCCGAUCUUUUCUUCCUAACGUACUAGAGAAAAUUGCAGAACACGAUGAUGAGCUUGCAGAUCUGUAUGAAGCAAUGGAGGAAGCACGCCAACACAUCAACCAAACUACAGAAAAAAAUAAGGCAAACACUGGCAAGCUUCAAAUGUCCAAUAUUCAAACAGUAAAGGUGAUUAAGGAAGUGGAAAAUGUCAGUGGAACAUUGACACAGGCUAACAUAACAUUGAAUGGCGCAAACAUGCUUAUUUCUGACAUCAGCGAUAUCACCAAGAACAUGUCUGGACAUCAUGCUGAAAUAGAUGGAGCUUACAUCGGACUAAAAGAAAGACUUGCAAAUUUGUCUCAUAAUGUUGAAAAUAUAGUUGAAGAAGCUGUGACUCACUCUCUUAACCUUCAAAGAGAAGCAAAUGGGCUGACCAGCGACUUAAAGGGAAUCGAUGCAAAUGGAUUUGUUCAAAAAGCCAUUGAUGCCUCCAAUGUCCAUGAGAGCAUUGUUAAUAGGAUUGAAGCUGCUAAUGAGACGUCAUUUAUUGCACUAAAUACAGCAGAAAGAGUUAAUGAUGCUUCAGAUGGAAUGGACAACCAGAUAAAGUAUCAGAUGACAGAGAAUGAGAAACUGUUGGUUCAAGCUAAAGAACUGAAGGAGGCAUCUGAUUCGAGAAAAGACUUAGGAAUUUCAGAAACGAAACAACGUGUAAAUGAUGCUGCUCUGAGAAAAGAUGCUUUAAGCGAUAGACUAGAAAAUGCCAUUUCUCAGAUUGAAGUACACGAAGAUGAGAACACAAGAAAGCGACUAGAAAAAUCGAAACUGGUUGCUGAGGAAGCCUUAAACAUCACAGCUAUGAUAUCAAAAUUGACCAAUCCAAUGUCCAAGAAUGCCAAGAUUUGGACCAAAGAUCUUAUUGAUACAGAUUUUGAUGCUUCUGCUUAUAACAAGGUUGUAAACUCAGCAGGAGAGGCUGUUAGGAACCUCACAGAGGUAGUCCCUUUGCUUCUGAAUAAGCUGCGAACAGUAGAAUACAAGUGGCCUACAAACAAUAUAUCAUCAAGCAUUCUCCGCAUUAGGGAGCUUAUAGCACAAACAAGGAGUGUGGCCAGUAAGGUCCAAGUGUCAAUGCGGUUUGGAGGUAAAUCAGCUGUUGAUGUGAGUCUAAGAACAAAUGUGGCAGACCUGAAAGCAUAUUCUUCUAUCAGUUUGUACCUAAACCCGAUUGCACACCAGGAAAAACCUCAUGACAAACUCAUUAUGUAUUUCGGAAAUAAGAAUUCUACAUCAGACUACAUGGGUCUUGCAAUUAAGAGCAACAAUCUGGUUUAUGUGUACAAUCUGGGAAGUGGAGAUGUUGAGAUUCCACUGGAUUCCAAGCCUGUCAACUCCUGGCCCGGAUAUUUUAGUCUCAUCAAAAUUGAAAGGCUGGGCCGACAUGGCAAAGUGCUUUUAACUGUACCUAGUCCAAGUAGCACAGCAGAAGAAAAAUUCAUUAAGAAGGGUGAGGCUACUGGAAGAGAUUCUGUUCUAGAUCUAGAUCCCGCCAGCAUGGUGUUUUAUGUUGGUGGGGUUCCUUCAGGAUUUCAGCUUCCCGCCAGCUUAAAUCUGCCAGGCUUUGUUGGUUGUCUAGAGCUUGCUACUGUCAAUGAUGAUGUUGUUAGCUUGUACAAUUUUAAGAACAUCUACAACAUGAACACAGUCACAGCACCACCGUGUGCCAGGAAUAAAUUGGCCUUCACACAGAGCCGUGCAGCAAGCUAUUUCUUUGAUGGGACUGGAUAUGCUGUUAUACGCAAUAUAGAAAGGAGGGGUCGCUUUACCCAAGUCACUCGCUUUGAUAUAGAAGUCCGAACACCAGUAGAUAAUGCCCUUAUUUUACUCAUGGUUAAUGGAACCAAAUUCUUUAGUCUGGAGCUCCAAGAUGGAUAUCUGAGACUGCAGUAUGAUUUUGGCUUUGCCAAGGGGCCUGUGCUUCUUGAAGAUUCAGCGAAGAAGUUUCAGAUAAACGAUGCAAGAUAUCAUGAGAUCUCAGUCAUUUAUCACAAUUCCAAGAAGAUGAUAUUGGUGGUUGACAGAAGACAUGUGAAGAGUGUUGACAAUGAAAAGACAUCAAUUCCUUUCUCUGACGUUUAUAUUGGAGGAGCGCCUUCUCCAGUUUUGCAGAGUGUGAAGAGUCACCUAGCUGCAGACAUUUCCUAUAAGGGAUGCAUAAAAGGUUUCCAGUUUCAGAAGAAGGAUUUCAAUUUGCUGGAAGAACCAGAGACGCUUGGUAUCAGCUAUGGCUGUCCUGAAGAAUCACUUAUGUCCCGUCGAGCUUAUUUUAAUGGGCAAAGUUUUAUUGCUUCUAGUCAGAAGCUGGCUCCUUUCGAGUCCUUUGAAGGUGGCUUUAGUUUCAAAACUUUACAGCCCAGCGGUCUGUUGCUUUAUCACUCUGAAGGGGCUGAUAUGUUUUCAUUAUCCAUGGAUAAAGGAUCAGUUGUCUUCAGAAUAAAAGACAUCAAAGUGCAAUCUAAAAAUAGGAAAUACAAUGAUGGGAAGAACCACUUUGUGGUUGCUUCAGUCUCCCCAACAAGGUAUCAGUUGCUGGUAGAUGAAACAGAUGCAAGUGUAGAAGAUAGACAGAAAUCUGAUGCAAGCUCUCCGGUGGCAAGAAAGUUUUAUUUUGGAGGCACCCCAACUGGAGUUUCCCAGGCCAAUUUCACAGGGUGUAUCAGCAAUGCUUAUUUCACAAGAGUUGACAGAGAUGUUGAAGUUGAGGAUUUUCAGAAAUACACAGAGAAAGUCCAACCUUCUCUUUAUGGGUGUCCAGUUGAAACACCUCCUAUUGCUCUGCAUCAAAAGCAUGGUAAAAAUUCCUCUAAAGACAAAGGAAAGCUAAAGAAGAGUGUUGGAAUGGAAAAAACAUUAGAGUCUCAAGCUGCAAUUGGGUCCAAAGAGACAGAACAAGACUUAGAAUUAGUCUCGCAGUGCACCCUCUCUAGCAGACCAAAGGCUGCCAGACAGGCACAUCUCUAUGGUGGCAUAGCCAACAGCCGACAGGAAUUCAAACAGAUCCCUAAUGGCUUCAAUGAAAAAUCUGAACUGUUUGUAAGACUGAAGACAUACUCAUCCAAUGGAAUGAUCUUCUAUGUCUCUGAUAAAGAGGAAAACAAUUUUAUGACUCUCUUUCUGUCUCAUGGCCGACUCACCUUCAUGUUUAACCAUGGGCAGCAAAAGAUAAGGAUCAAGUCUCAAGAGAAGUACAACGAUGGCUUAUGGCACAGUGUGUUAUGCAUCCGGGAAAAGAACAAAGGAAGAUUAAUCAUUAAUGGGCUCCGUGUAUUAGAAGACAGUACUUCUGUUGCUGCUGUUAUUUGGACUGUGGAUGCACCAUUUUAUCUAGGAGGUGUAGCGCCUGGAAUAGCAAUCAAAAAUGUUCAGAUCAACUCAGCGUACAGUUUCAGUGGCUGCCUUAGCAAUUUGCAGAUGAAUGGACGCUCUUUGACGUCACCUUCCCAGACAUUCAGUGUAACACCUUGUUUUGAAGGCCCCAUGGAAUCUGGAACCUACAUUUCAUCAGAAGGAGGAUAUGUGAUUCUUGAUGACUCCUUCAGUACUGGGUUAACAUUUGAGUUUGCCCUUGAAGUCCGUCCACGAAAUAACUCUGGAAUCUUGAUUCACAUACAAAAUGUGAAUGGAGAGUAUUUGAAUUUACACAUGAAGCAGGGACAGGUUGUUGUUAAGGUGAAAAAUGGCAACAGAGAGUUUUCUACACAUGUCCUACCAAAACAGAGUCUCUGUGAUGGCCAGUGGCACCGAAUUGCAGUGAUACGAGAUGGAAAUGUAGUACAACUGGAUGUGGAUUCUGAGAUAAACCAUGUGGUGGGCCCCAUUAACACCAAAGUGCUGGAGCUGAAAGAGCCUGUGUUUGUUGGAGGUGUACCAAAUUCUUUACUUGGGCCUACACUGACUACACGCAACUCUUUUACUGGCUGUAUCCGUAACUUUGUGAUAGAUGAACAUGCUGUAAGUUUCAAUAAAGCAUCUCUUGUCAGUGGGGCAGUGAGCAUCAAUUCCUGCCCUGCCGCUUAGAAGUCCAUGCUGUAACAUGUUUAUAAUAAACAAAUAAUUUCGAAA